GGAGUUGAGGGUUGAUGCUCGUCUUCGACUCAAUCUGAAUGACCACCAGCAACAGAGGUGGUGGGGCGAAGAGACCAUUUUCCCCCCAUACUUUUUUGUUUUCUUCUUUGACUUCGAACUGUAUCGACGACUGUGAGGGCGGACAAAGAAACGGCCACCCGCAUGGUUUUGGGCACACAGACUCCCCGUUUCUUCAUCUCUGCAUGUGAAGCAAGGCUAGCUAACAGAUGAUCAAUUCCGUUUGCUAGCCUGUUAUCCAUGUAUCAAAAGAACUCGUAGCAAACCCAAGGCUGGCCAAGCCUUGGUUUUUGCUUUGAGAGAAUACAUCGUUUUUUUAUUCUCGUAGUGUGCACAAUCUCUUGCAGCUUGAUUGCGCAUAGCAGAAAGCGCAUACAGAGGAGCAUCGCCGGGGCACGGCAACAUCGCAGCUUCCCCGCUUGACAGGAUCUUAAAACGAUUGAUGAUUAUUAUUUAGUCUUGUUUUUUUAUCUUACAAGAUACAAUGUUGCGCGCCACAGUCAACAUGUUGGCAAUAGGGCUGCUUUUCGUUGGAUUUUUGCAUAGUUCGGAGGUAAUCGUUCCAGCUCGAGCCAUUGACGCCCCGAAGACCUGCAGCCCCAAGCAGUUUGUGUGCAAGGACCAGGUGACCUGCAUCUCCAAGGGCUGGCGCUGUGACGGGGAGAAGGACUGUCCGGAUGGCUCGGAUGAGGAGCCCGAUGUCUGUCCACACAGUCGUGUGUCGCGCUGCCCCCCUAAUGAGUUCAGGUGUGGGGGGACGGAGGUGUGUAUCCACAUGAGCAAACUGUGCAACGGAGUCCCUGACUGCAUCGAUGGCUGGGAUGAGGGGCCUCACUGCAGAGAGUUUGCCUCCAACUGCACGCUCUUGGGUUGCCAGGACAACUGUUCGGUCACUCACUCUGGGCCUGCCUGUUACUGUAAAAGUGGCUAUGAGAUCGGCAUAGAUGGCAAGGCGUGCAAAGACUUUGAUGAGUGCGGUGUGUAUGGGACCUGCAGUCAGUCCUGUACCAACACAGAGGGCUCGUACAGCUGCAGCUGUGUGGAAGGUUACCUGCCCCAGCCCGACAACCGCUCCUGCAAAGCCAAAAACGUCCCAGUGGAUCGUCUGCCCAUGCUCCUCAUCGCCAACUCCCAGAACAUCCAGGCCACCACUCUGAGCGGCACCACGGUCCACAGCCUGCUGUCAACCAGCACCAAGCAGACCACCGCCAUGGACUUCCUGUACGCACAGGAAAUGGUCUGCUGGAUCCAUGUGGGAGACUCGCCGGUCUCCACACACCUCAAGUGUGCCAAGAUCCCCAACCUGAAGAGCUUCACAGAUGAGAGGAUCAUCAACAUCUCUCUCAGCCUCCACCAUGUGGAGCAGAUGGCCAUAGACUGGCUGACAGGAAACUUCUACUUUGUUGAUGACGUGGAUGACCGGAUCUUUGUUUGUGACAAGGAUGGCCAGACGUGUGUCACCCUGCUGGACCAGGAGCUGUACAACCCCAAAGGCAUCGCCCUAGACCCUUCUAUGGGGAAGGUGUUCUUCACUGACUAUGGUCAGAUCCCCAAGGUGGAGCGCUGUGACAUGGACGGUCAGAACAGGACCAAGCUGGUGGACAGUAAGAUCGUGUUCCCCCACGGCAUCACCCUGGACCUGGUCAACAAGCUGGUCUACUGGGCCGACGCCUACCUGGACUACAUCGAGGUGGUGGACUACGAGGGCAAGAACCGACACACCAUCAUCCAAGGCCUGCUGAUUGAGCACCUGUACGGUCUGACAGUGUUUGAGAACUACCUGUAUGCCACCAACUCAGACAACGCCAACAUGCAGCCCAAGACCAGCGUGAUCAGAGUCAACCGCUUCAACAGCUCUGACUACCAGGUGGUCACACGCGUGGACAAGGGCGGAGCGCUGCAUGUCUACCACCAGAGACGGCAGCCUCCAGUGCGUAGUCAUGCCUGUGCUCCAGACCAGUUUGGGAAGGCUGGAGGUUGCUCUGACAUCUGUCUCCUGGGCAACAGCCACAAGACCCGCACCUGCCGCUGUCGCUCCGGCUUCAGCCUGGGCAGUGAUGGCAAGUCCUGCAAGAAACCAGAGCACGAGCUCUUCCUGGUCUACGGUAAAGGUCGUCCGGGGGUUAUCCGGGGCAUGGACAUGAAUGCCAAGGUGCCCGACGAGUACAUGAUCCCCAUCGAGAACCUGAUGAACCCCCGGGCACUGGACUUCCACGCCGAGAGCGAGUUCAUCUACUUUGCCGACGCCACCAGCUUCCUCAUCGGCCGGCAGAAGAUCGAUGGCACGGAGAGGGACACCAUCCUCAAGGAAGGGAUCCACACCGUCGAGGGUAUAGCAGUGGACUGGAUGGCUGAUAACCUGUACUGGACAGACGACGGGCCCAAGAAGAGCAUCAGUGUUGCCCGGCUGGAGAAGGCCUCGCAGACUCGCAAAACCCUCAUUGAGGGCAAGAUGACCCACCCACGCGCCAUCGUUGUGGACCCACUACAUGGGUGGAUGUACUGGACCGAUUGGGAGGAGGACCCGAAGGAGAGUAAGAGAGGGAAGAUUGAGCGGGCCUGGAUGGACGGCUCCAACAGGAACGUGUUCCUGACCAGUAAGACGGUGCUGUGGCCCAACGGCCUGAGCCUGGACGUCCCCCAAGGCCUGCUCUACUGGGUGGACGCCUACUACGACCGCAUCGAGAUGGUCUACCUCAACAGCACCGAACGCAAGACUGUGUACGAGGGCCAAGAGCUGAAUCACGCCUUCGGCCUGUGCCACUACAAGCACUUCCUGUUCUGGAAUGAGUACCGCAGUGGCAGCAUCUUUAAGUUGGACACCACCACCAACACGGUCACGCUGCUCCGCAACGAGAGGCCGCCCAUCUUUGAGAUCCGCAUGUAUGACGCCCAGGAGCAGCAAGGGUCGAACGCCUGUCGUGUCAACAAUGGUGGCUGCAGCAGCCUUUGUCUGGCGAUCCCUGAGGGGAGACAGUGUGCCUGUGCAGAGGACCAACUACUGGAUAACCAUGACAACGUCAGCUGCAAAGCCAACCCCUCGUACAUCCCCCCUCCUCAGUGCCAGCCAGGAGAGUUUGCAUGUAAAAACAACCGCUGUAUCCAGGAGAGAUGGAAGUGUGACGGAGAUAAUGACUGUCUGGACAACAGCGAUGAGGCCCCAGAGCUGUGCCACCAGCACACCUGCCCUGCCGACAGGUUUAAGUGCCAGAAUAACCGCUGUAUUUCGCUCCGCUGGCUGUGUGACGGAGACAACGACUGUGGAAACGAUGAGGACGAGUCUAACACCACCUGCUCUGCGCGCACAUGCCCGCCUAACCAGUACUCGUGUGCUAGCGGGCGCUGCAUCCCCCUGUCAUGGACAUGUGACCUGGACGACGACUGUGGGGACCGCUCAGACGAGCCCGGCUCCUGUGCGUACCCCACCUGUUUCCCCCUGACCCAGUUCACCUGCAACAACGGCCGCUGCAUCAACAUCAACUGGCGCUGUGACAAUGACAACGACUGCGGGGACAACAGUGACGAGGCGGGCUGCAGCCACUCCUGCUCCAGCGCCCAGUUCAAGUGUAACAGCGGCCGCUGCAUCCCAGACUACUGGACCUGCGACGGCGACAACGACUGUGGCGACUACAGCGACGAGACCCACGCCAACUGCACCAAUCAGGCCACGCGACCACCAGGCGGCUGUCACACGGAUGAGUUCCAGUGUCGGAUGGACGGCCUGUGCAUCCCUAUGCGCUGGCGCUGUGAUGGAGACACGGACUGCAUGGACCUGAGUGACGAGAAGAACUGUGAGGGAGUCACACACAUGUGUGACCCCGCCGUCAAGUUUGGCUGCAGGGAUUCGGCCCGCUGUAUCAGCAAGGCCUGGGUGUGUGACGGGGACAGUGACUGCGAGGACAACUCCGAUGAGGACAACUGUGAGGCGUUAGUGUGUAAGCUCUCCCACCACGUGUGUGCCAACGACUCCACCAUAUGCCUGCCUGCAGAGAAGCUGUGCGAUGGCACUGACGACUGCCCCGAUGGCUCAGAUGAGAAGCUCUGUGACUUGUGUUCAAUGAACAACGGAGACUGCAGCCAUAACUGCACGGUUGCCCCUGGUGAGGGUGUGGUGUGUUCAUGCCCGCUGGGCAUGGAACUGGGCACUGACAACAAGACCUGCCAGAUCCAGAGCUUCUGUGCCAAGCACCUGAAGUGCAGCCAGCGCUGCGAACAGGACAAGUUCAGUGUCAAAUGUUCCUGUUACGAGGGCUGGGAACUGGAGCCUGACAUGGAGAACUGCAAGAGCACUGACCCCUUCAAGCCGUUUAUCAUCUUCUCCAAUCGUCAUGAGAUCCGGCGUAUUGACCUCAACAAGGGGGAGUUCAGUGUCCUGGUGCCUGGCUUGAGGAACACCAUCGCCCUGGACUUCCACCUCAGCCAGAACGCCCUCUAUUGGACAGAUGUGGUGGAGGACAAGAUCUACCGCGGCAAGCUGUCUGAGAACGGAGCCCUGACCAGUUUCGACGUGGUGAUCCAGUACGGGCUGGCCACCCCUGAGGGCCUGGCGGUGGACUGGAUCGCAGGGAACAUCUACUGGGUGGAGAGCAACCUGGACCAGAUCGAGGUGGCCAAGCUGGACGGCACCAUGCGGACCACCCUGCUGGCCGGGGAGGUGGAGCACCCCCGAGCCAUCGCCCUGGACCCUCGCUAUGGUAUUCUGUUCUGGACAGACUGGGAUGCCAGCAUGCCUAGGAUUGAGGCAGCUUCUAUGAGUGGUGAGGGCAGGAGGACCAUCCACAAGGAGACUGGGAACGGAGGCUGGCCUAACGGACUCACUGUGGACUACCUGGAGCUACGCAUCCUCUGGAUCGAUGCGAGGUCUGAUGCCAUAUAUUCUGCCAAAUAUGAUGGUUCCGGCCUGAUAGAGGUGCUGAGGGGACAUGAAUACCUGUCGCACCCCUUCGCUGUCACCAUGUACGGGGGGGAGGUGUACUGGACAGACUGGAGGACCAACACGCUGGCCAAGGCCAACAAGUGGACCGGCAACAAUGUGACAGUGGUCCAGAGAACCAACACACAGCCUUUUGACCUGCAGGUGUACCACCCUUCUAGACAGCCCCAGGCUCCUAACCCGUGUGCUGCUAACAAUGGAACAGGGCCAUGUUCUCACCUGUGUCUGAUCAACUACAACCAGACCUUUUCCUGCUCCUGCCCUCACCUCAUGAAGCUGGGCACAGACAAACACACCUGCUAUGAGUCUCGUCAGUUCCUGCUGUACGCCCGUCAGAUUGAGAUCCGGGGCGUGGACAUAGACAACCCCUACUACAACUACAUCAUCUCCUUCACCGUGCCGGACAUCGACAACGUGACUGCCGUGGACUACGACUCCCAGGAGCACCGCAUCUACUGGUCAGAUGUCCGAACUCAGACCAUCAAGAGAGCCUUCAUCAACGGGACGGGGGUGGAGACGGUGGUGUCUGCAGACCUCCCUAACGCCCACGGGCUGGCGGUGGACUGGGUGUCCAGGAACCUGUUCUGGACCAGCUAUGAUGCCAACAAGAAACAGAUUAAUGUAGCCAGACUGGAUGGAUCGUUCAAGAAUGCUGUUAUUCAGGGCCUGGAUAAACCCCACUGUCUGGUGCUCCACCCAAUAUUGGGAAAGCUCUACUGGACAGAUGGUGACAACAUUAGCAUUGCCAACACAGAUGGCAGCAACCGCAGUGUCCUCUUCACCAAUCAGAAAGGCCCUGUUGGUCUGUCCAUUGACUUUGACACGGAACAGCUGUACUGGAUCAGCUCAGGGAACAGCACCAUCAGCCGCUGUAAGCUGGACGGCUCCGGUCUGGAGGUCAUGGAGGGGGUCAAGGGCAAGCUGACCAAGGCCACCGCUAUGGCCAUAAUGGGUGACAAGCUGUGGUGGGCGGACCAGGGCACUGACCAGAUAGGGACAUGUGACAAGAAAGAUGGAGGCAACUGGAAGGUCCUCAGGAACAGCACCUCCCCCAUGAUGCACAUGAAGAUCUACAACGAGACCGUGCAGACAGGCUCCAACCUGUGCAGUACCAACAAUGGGGACUGUUCCCAGCUGUGCCUCCCCACCUCGCCCACCACCCGGGCCUGCAUGUGCACCGCAGGAUACAGCCUCCGGGGGGGGCAGCAGUCCUGCGAGGGUGUGGGCUCCUUCCUCCUGUACUCUGUCCACGAGGGCAUCCGGGGCAUCCCCCUGGACCCCGCCGACAAGUCGGACGCCUUGGUGCCCGUGUCGGGCACCUCCCUGGCAGUGGGCAUAGACUUCCAUGCAGAUAAUGACACCAUCUACUGGGUGGACAUGGGCCUCAGCACCAUCAGCAGGGCCAAGAGAGACCAGACGUGGAGGGAGGACGUGGUCACUAAUGGAAUAGGCAGGGUGGAGGGCAUCGCGGUGGACUGGAUAGCAGGGAACAUCUACUGGACGGACCAGGGCUUCGACGUGAUCGAGGUGGCCAGACUGAACGGCUCCUUCCGCUACGUGGUGAUCUCCCAGGGCCUGGACAAGCCCCGCGCCAUCACCGUCCACCCAGAGAAAGGGUAUCUGUUCUGGACAGAGUGGGGUCAGGACCCCCGCAUUGAGAGGUCUCGUCUGGAUGGCUCUCAGAGGGCCAUACUGGUUAACGUCAGCAUCAACUGGCCAAACGGCAUCUCCAUUGACUAUCAGGAGGGUCUGCUGUACUGGUGUGACGCUCGCAAUGACAAGAUUGAGCGCAUCAACCUGGAGACGGGAGAGAACAGGGAGGUGGUGCUAGCCAACAACAACAUGGACAUGUUCUCUGUCUCGGUGUUCGAAAACUACAUCUACUGGAGCGACAGAACCCAUGCCAAUGGCUCCAUCAAGCGAGGCAGCAAGGACAACGCCACAGACUCCGUGUCUCUGCGUACAGGCAUCGGAGUACAGCUCAAAGACAUCAAAGUCUUCAACAGAGCCCGCCAGCAAGGCACUAAUGUGUGCAAGGACAACAACGGUGGCUGUCAACAACUCUGCCUUUACCGUGGUAACGGCCAGCGCACCUGUGCCUGCGCUCACGGCAUGCUGGCGGAGGACGGGCGGGGUUGCCGUGACUACGACGGCUACCUGCUGUACUCGGAGCGGACCAUACUAAAGAGCGUGCACCUGUCGGACGAGAACAACCUCAACGCUCCCAUCAAACCCUUCGAGGACCCGGAGCACAUGAAGAAUGUCAUCGCCCUCACCUUCGACUACCGAGGAGGAGGAGGGAAGGGAGCCAACCGCAUCUUCUUCAGCGACAUCCACUUUGGAAACAUCCAGUCCAUCAACGACGACGGCUCGGACCGCAAGACAGUAGUGGAGAACGUUGGCUCAGUGGAGGGUCUGGCCUACCAUCGUGGCUGGGACAUUCUGUACUGGACGAGCUACACCACCUCGACCAUCACGCGCCACACGGUGGACCAGAGUCGUUGGGGGGCCUCGGACCGGCAGACCGUGGUCUCCAUGUCCGGCGACGACCACCCACGAGCCUUCGUACUGGACGAGUGUCAGGAUCUGAUGUUCUGGACCAACUGGAACGAGCAGUUUCCCAGCAUCAUGCGGGCCACCCUGUCUGGUUCCAAUGUGCUGGUCAUCAUUGGCAGCGACAUCAAGACCCCUAACGGCCUCGCCAUCGACCACCGCUCAGAGAAACUCUACUUCUCGGAUGCCACGCUGGACAAAAUCGAACGCUGCGAGUACGACGGCAGCCGCCGCUACGUGGUGUUGAAGAGUGAGCCGGUGCACCCGUUUGGCCUGGCCGUGUAUGGAGACUACAUCUUCUGGACGGACUGGGUGCGCAGGGCCGUCCUCCGGGCCGACAAGUACGUGGGCGGAGACAUGAAGCUGCUGCGCGCCGACAUCCCCCAGCAGCCCAUGGGCAUCGUCGCCGUGGCCAACGACACCAACAGCUGCGAGUUCUCCCUUUGCCGUGUGAACAAUGGAGGUUGUCAGGACCUGUGUCUACUCUCCUCUGAGGGCAGGGUCAACUGCAUCUGCCGUGGGGAGAGGAAGCUUCUGGAUGACAACUCCUGCGUUGCGGGAAACAGCACAUGCAGCAGUAUAGAUCAGUUUGAGUGUGGCAACGGAGACUGCAUCAACUACACCCUGACUUGUGACGGCAAGGCCCACUGCAAAGACAAGUCUGACGAGAAACAGUCCUACUGCGGUAACCGUGUGUGUAAGAAGGGCUACAGGCGGUGUGUGAAUGCUCGGUGUGUGGCACACAGCUCCUGGUGUAACGGGCAGGACGACUGUGGAGACAACUCAGACGAACUCUUCUGCAACACCACCCUGUGCACAGCGGAACAGUUCCAGUGCCGAGAUGGAGGCUGCAUCUCCAACUCCAGCAAGUGUAACCAGGUGGUGGACUGUGAGGACGCCAGCGAUGAGAUGAACUGCUCUGCUACGGACUGUUCCAGUUACUUCCGCCUGGGGGUAAAGGGGGUGACCUUCCAGAAGUGCAAGUACACCACGCUCUGCUACGCCCCCACCUGGGUGUGCGAUGGAGCGAACGACUGUGGAGACUUCUCAGAUGAGAGGAACUGCCCGGGUAAAGGAACUAGUGACACCAAGUGUCCUGCUCCCUUCUUCGCCUGCCCCAGUGGUCGAUGCAUCCCCUUGAGCUGGACCUGCGACGAUGAAAACGACUGUGAGAACGGGGCUGAUGAGACUCACUGUGACAAGUUCUGCAAGGCCAACCAGUUUGAGUGCAACAACCACCGCUGUAUCCCCAGUCACUGGGUGUGUGAUGGUGCUAACGACUGCCAGGACAAUUCGGACGAGGCCAAAUGUGCUAAUAAGACGUGCAGCCCAGAGGCCUUCCAGUGUCCUGGCUCUCCCGUGUGCAUCCCUCAGCGCUGGAAGUGCGACGGGGACAAGGACUGCCAGGACGGCUCAGAUGAGGGGGUCAAGGCUGGCUGUGUGUUCAACAACACGUGCAGCGAGAGGGAGUUCAUGUGCCAGAACCGAGAGUGCAUCCCCAAGCACUUUGUGUGCGACCACGACAAGGACUGCAGCGACGGCUCCGACGAGUCUCCGGAGUGUGAGUACCGCACCUGUGGUCCUAACGAGUUCCGCUGUGCCAACGGCCGCUGCCUGGUCCAGAGUUACUUGGAGUGUGACGGAGACUUCGACUGUCACGACCGCUCUGACGAGGCCCCGAAGAACCCCCGCUGCUCUGGCCCAGAGAAGAAGUGUAACGACACGGCGCACGCCUGCGCCAACGGCAACUGCAUCAACGAGACGCUGCUGUGCGACCACAACAACGACUGCGGCGACGGCUCCGACGAGCUCAACUGCUUCAUCAACGAGUGUCUGAACAGCAAGCUGAGCGGCUGCUCCCAGCUGUGUGAGGACCUGAAGAUAGGCUUCAAGUGCAGGUGUCACCCCGGCUUCCGUCUGAAGGAUGACGGGAAGACGUGUGUGGACGUGGACGAGUGCACGAGCAGCUACCCCUGCACCCAGCGCUGCAUCAACACGCACGGCAGCUUCCACUGUCUCUGUGUGGAGGGCUUCCAGCUCAGCCCCCACGACCCCACCAUCUGCAAGUCUACCUCUGACGUGGAGCCCUUCCUCAUCUUUGCAAACCGCUACUACCUGAGGAAGCUCAACCUGGACGGCACCAACUACACCCUGCUGAAACAGGGGUUGAACAAUGCGGUGGCUCUGGACUUUGACUACCGGCAGCAGAUGAUCUACUGGACAGACGUGACCACCCAGGGCAGCAUGAUCCGACGCAUGCACAUUAACGGCAGCGACGUGCAGGUUCUUCACCGCACAUCUCUCAGCAACCCUGAUGGCCUGGCGGUCGAUUGGGUGGGAGGGAACCUGUACUGGUGUGACAAGGGGCGGGACACCAUCGAGGUGUCCAAGCUGAACGGAGCCUACAGGACCGUGCUGGUCAACACCGGGCUGAAGGAGCCCAGGGCUGUGGCGGUGGACGUCCGCAACGCGUACCUGUACUGGUCUGACUGGGGAGACAACCCCCACAUCGGGAGGAUCGGGAUGGACGGCAGCAACCGCAGCGUGAUCGUGGAGGACAGGAUCACCUGGCCCAACGGCCUCACGCUCGACUUCAUCAACGACCGCAUCUACUGGGCCGACGCCCGCGAGGACUACAUCCAGUUUGCCAGCCUGGACGGAACCAACAGACACACGGUCCUCAGCCAGGACAUCCCCCACAUCUUUGCCAUGACGCUGUUCGAGGAGUACAUCUACUGGACAGACUGGGAGACCAAGUCCAUCAACAGAGCACACAAGACCCUGGGCACCAACAAGACCCAGCUCAUCUCCACCCUGCACAGGCCCAUGGACAUUCACAUCUACCACCCGUACCGCCAGCCCGAGGCCUUGAUGGCCGACCAUCCGUGCCAGGCCGACAACGGGGGCUGCAGUAACCUGUGUCUGCUGUCCCCCGGGUGGGGCCACAAGUGUGCCUGCCCCACCAACUUCUACCUGGCCGCUGAUGGGAAACAGUGCAUGUCCAACUGCACUGCCAGUCAGUUUGUGUGUAAGAACGAUAAAUGCAUUCCGUUCUGGUGGAAGUGUGACACAGAGGAUGACUGUGGAGACCGCUCAGACGAGCCAGCAGACUGCCCUGGGUUCAAAUGCAGACCCGGGCAGUUCCAGUGUGGCACAGGCAUCUGCACCAACCCUGCCUACAUCUGUGACGGAGACAAUGACUGCCAGGACAACUCUGACGAGGCCAACUGUGACAUCCACGUGUGCCUGCCCAGUCAGUUCAAGUGCACCCACCCCAGCCGCUGUAUUCCGGGGAUCUUCCGCUGUAACGGUCAGGACAACUGUGGAGAGGGGGAGGACGAGAAGGACUGCCCCGAGGUGACCUGUGCUCCCAACCAGUUCCAGUGUGCCAUCACCAAGCGCUGUAUUCCACGUGUGUGGGUGUGUGACCGCGACAACGACUGCGUGGACGGGUCUGACGAGCCAGCCAACUGCACCCAGAUGACAUGUGGCGUGGAUGAGUUCCGCUGCAAGGACUCAGGACGAUGCAUCCCCGCUCGAUGGAAAUGUGACGGCGAGGACGACUGCGGAGAUGCCUCAGACGAGCCCAAAGAGGAGUGUGAUGAGAGGACAUGUGAGCCCUACCAGUUCCGCUGCAAGAACAACCGCUGUGUCCCUGGCCGCUGGCACUGUGACUAUGAUAACGACUGUGGGGACAACUCUGACGAGGACAACUGUGCACCCAGGCAGUGUUCGGAGAGCGAGUUCUCCUGUACCAACGGGCGCUGUAUCGCUGGGAGGUGGAAGUGUGAUGGGGACCAUGACUGUGCUGAUGGAUCAGAUGAGAACGGCUGUGAUGUGAAGUGUGACAGUGAUCAGUUCCAGUGUAAGAACGGCCACUGUAUUCCCAUCCGCUGGCGCUGCGACGCCGACGCAGACUGCAUGGACGGCAGCGACGAGGAGAAGUGUGACAGUGGAGUGGCGAGACACUGCCCCCUGGAUGAGAUUCAGUGUAACAACACCCUGUGUAAGCCCCUGGCCUGGAAGUGCGAUGGUGAGGAUGACUGUGGAGACAACUCUGAUGAAAACCCUGAGGAGUGCACCAAGUUCCAGUGUCCGCCCAUGAGGCAGUUCCGUUGUCAUAACGACCGUGUGUGCCUGCCAGCAUCCAAGCGCUGUGACGGUGUCAACAACUGUGGGGACAACAGUGACGAGCUCAACUGCAAGAGCACUCCUGCCAGCCCCGUGUGUGAGAAGGAUCAGUUCCAGUGCUCCAACGGCCGCUGCAUCAGCUCCAACCUGCGCUGUAACUUCUUCAACGACUGCAAGGACCACGGCUCGGACGAGAUCGGCUGCAACAAGAAAGAUGCCGAGCAGGACUGUCGCAGCAACAGGACGGGGUGCGGUGAUGGGGACGAGGCCCACUGCGUGGUCAACGGCACAGACGCCUUCUGCUCCUGCAAGCCUGGCUUCCACCCCAGCGGACAGAACCGAUGUGAAGACAAGAACGAGUGCAAGCAUUUUGGAAUGUGCUCCCACAUCUGCAACAACACCAAGGGCUCCUACAUGUGCAGCUGUCACAAGUACUUCACCAGGAUCAACAGCACCUGCAAGGCUGACAACCUCAGACAGGUGCUCUACAUCGCCGACGACAACGAGAUCCGCAGCCUGGACCCCGGCAUGCCCAACUGGCGCUACGAGCAGACGUUCCAGGGCGACGCCAACGUGCGCAUCGACGCCGUGGACCUGCACGUCAAGACCAACCGCAUCUUCUGGACCAACUGGCACACGGGGCGCAUCUCCUCCUACGAGCUGCCCUCCUCCUCCUCCUCGCCCAACAGCAACCGCAACCGCCGCCAGAGCGAUUCCAGAAUCACCAACCUGGAGAUCCCAGGCCUGAAGAUGCCUCGUGGCAUCGCGGUGGACUGGGUGGCCGGGAACAUCUACUGGACUGACUCUGGCAGGGAUGUCAUCGAGGUGGCCCAGAUGAACGGGCGCCACCGCAAGACCCUCAUCUCGGGCAUGAUCGACGAGCCCUACGCCAUCGUGGUGGACCCCCAGAGAGGAACCAUGUACUGGGCCGACUGGGGAAAUCACCCAAAGAUUGAGACUGCUGCCAUGGACGGGACCAUGAGAGAGACUCUGGUACACAAAAACAUCCAGUGGCCCACAGGCCUGGCGGUGGACUACUUUAACGAGCGUCUGUAUUGGGCUGAUGUCAAGCUGUCUGUGAUUGGCAGUGUGAGGCUGAACGGGAGUGACGCUGUCAUAGCCGUGUCCAGCAUUAACAACAAGCUCCACCACCCCUUCAGCAUAGACGUGUUUGAGGACUACAUCUACGGCGUCACCUACAUCAACAACUUUGUGUUUCGGGUCAACAAGUUUGGCAAAGGCCCCAUGGAGAAUCUGACCACUGGCAUGAACCACGCCACUGACAUUGUGCUGUACCACCGCAACAAACAACCAGAGAUGACUAACCCAUGUGACAGGAAGAAGUGCGAGUGGCUGUGCCUGCUCAGCCCCAGUGGUCCAGUCUGCACCUGCCCCAAUGGUCGCACUCUGGACAACGGCACCUGUGUGGAGCUCCCCACACCCACACUGUCUCCUAUAGCCCCGCCCAGCGGCCCCUGCAACGUCCAGUGUCUCAACGGAGGCAGUUGCUUCCUGAAUGCGCGCAAGCAGCCCAAAUGUCGCUGUCAGCCCAACUAUGGAGGCGACCGCUGUGAGAUCGACCAGUGUAGAGACUACUGCCAGAACGGAGGCACCUGCAGUGCUUCACCUACAGGCGCCCCGACCUGCCGCUGUCUGACCGGCUUCACAGGACCCAGCUGUAACUUGCACACCUGUAAGAACUACUGUCACAAUGCCGGCAACUGCAGCGUCAGCCCCGGCAACCAGCCCACCUGCCUCUGUCCGCCUGACUUCAUGGGAGAUCAGUGCCAGUACCGCAGCUGCGAGGGCCACUGCCUCAACGGAGGCACCUGUCUGCAGAGUGCCGACGAGUCUCGACAGUGUCGCUGUCUGCCUCAGUACAUCGGCAACAACUGUGAGGUGGACAAGUGUCACUACUGUCGUGACGGCAAGUGCAUCCCCACCAACACCUUCCAGCCCACUGGAGAUGUCACCUGCAAUUGUACCAAUGGCAGGGUGCAGCCCAGCUGCUACAACUGUGAGGAGUAUUGUGCUAAUGGCCAGUGCUCGGUGAACCCUCGCACACAGCUCCCACAGUGCAGGUGUUCAUCUGGCUGGCAGGGACAUCGUUGUGAAGUGGUGGCGUCCACUUCUGAUUCCCCAGAGACUGGUGGACGCACGGCCUCCAUAGUGAUCCCAGUGGUGCUGCUGCUGCUGCUGGUGCUGCUGGCCGGAGGGGCCUUGUUCUGGUACAGGAAGAGGAUGAGAGGAGCAAAGGGCUUCCAGCACCAGAGGAUGACCAACGGGGCCAUGAACGUGGAGAUCGGUAACCCGGCCUACAAGAUCUAUGAGGGCGAGCCGGACGAUGAUGCUGGGGAGCUGCUGGAUGCAGACUUCACCCUCGACCCAGACAAGCCAACCAACUUCACAAACCCAGUGUACGCUACUCUGUACAUGGGAGCCCACAACAGCCGCAACUCUCUGGCCAGCACGGACGAAAAGAAGGAGCUGCUGUCGCGGGGGGAUGAAGAGCCACUGGUGGACCCGCUGACAUAGACUGUCCUUAGCUUGGGUUAUACCAUUCCAGACACACCCCUCUUUUUGCCUUUUAAAGAAAAACUGAAAGAAAUUCUACAAAAAAAAGCGUGAACACUGUAUAAAAUGUACAAAAAUGAAGGACUACUUUUGUAUGUGAUUGCAGUAUUAUAUUUUGUUCUUUUCAGAUUCUGGUCAAAUGAACAAAACAUUUUCUAUAAGAUAUUUUUAAUUUACUCUUUUGUCCCUUCCCUUUUACCUAAAUAGCCACUACCUCUGUGCAAAAUGAAAUGGAAAGACAAUGACAAUUAGAUGAAAAGGAUCAUUAUUGGAGCAAUUUUAAUUUUUUAUUUUUGUAUGAAUUGUAUAGAGAAAAACAUUGUUCCAUUUCACCAGUGCCAACUGUCUGUUGUUUAUGUUGUCUUUGAGUGGGGAAAGCAAACUCAAAGUUUUGUAAGUUGGUACCAAUGUUGUCUUGAUGGCAGUAAGUGAGGCAGGUUUAACAUAGCACGGUUUGUGUACAGCACGUGCUAAAUGUCAAAACCAGAUGGCAACUUCAGUAUUUCCACAAUGUUCUCAGAGAAUUUUUUUCAUGAAAUGAUUGUUUUCUUCCUUGCACAGACUUCAUAUUUUAUGGUGUGUAUAAAAGCCGUAAAAUGUAAAGCAGGUAAAUUUGUGUUUAUAUAACCUAAAAGUGUUUGGGGCUCGUGAUGUCGAGGUACCAUCAACAAGGUGUUUGGGGAGAGAUGAGAAAUGGGAUGUUGAUGAAGAGUUACAUAUUCCAGGCCUGUCAAUGCUUUCAUGGCUGGAAUGUUGGUGUGUUUAGGCUGCAGGAGGCCAGAGCAAAGAGACUGAUCAGACAAGUGUGAGACAGACAAUGGCACCUUUUACUAGCCUAGUGUCACCUAUAGUAUGUACACCAUUUAGUGGACAGUUCAGCUCUUCUCUACAACCACGCUGAUGGGGGGGGGGGGGGGGGGGGGGGGGGGGGGGGGGGGGGGGGGGGGGGGGGGGUGAGGGUGAAAGGAGUUUGGUCUAGUGUACGUCAGUAAUAAUUUCAGUCGAUUUUUAAAGGGCGUGAGAUUGCCCCACUUCGUGCUGUCAAUGCAAAGUACUUCUUCAAUCUUAAGGAAGAAGGUUUGUGCUCUUAAAAUGUUGUAUUACUUCUCUCUCUGAUGUGCGUUUGUUUCCUUUGUUCUUUGCCUUGCGACCUCCCCCCCCCCCCCCCCCCCCCCCCCUCCUCAUAUCUCUGUCCCCUGUCCCCGUGUCAUGCUGCUGCUAACGCUGCCGUCCCUGCCGGUCGCCCUGACGUGUCUUUAAGCUCCGCCGCUGGGUCCCAAAAUGCUGCUUCUGUCACAAGGGGUGAUCAGCCAUAUGUUAUUAAUGCAUGUAAAAACAACAAACACACACCUUCAAGUAUCUAGAAUAACCAAUAACAAAUCCUUCUUUUGCUUACUGUACCUGUCAGCAAGUGUUAUUUUUGAUUUCAUGCUGUCACAUUUGUCUUGUUUUUGAUUGAGAAAAGAGAUGAGUACAAUCAUUUGACUUAAAGAGCAUUUUUGCUAAAUCAUACAUGCAUUUUUUUGAAAGGUUGUUUUUUGAUUAGUCUUUGUUUUUUAAUGAGAAAUUACACAUAGCUUUUAUAGUACACAAUGCAUGGAGGCUCAGACUUUCUUCUGGAAAGAGAAUAAUGUUUUAAUUUUUGCUGGAGUACUUUAAAAACUAAAUAACAGAUAUUGUUAUAAAUAAAAUUUAAAAAACUGUACAGAAAA